AUGUUAAAAGCACUGGUUGUCCUUUGCGUUGUUGCCAUUUCCAAAAUCCAUUGUGAUGAGGAGAACAAGCUGAUUCCCAGCGAAGAUCCAACUCUUCCAAAGGAGCGAAACUAUCGUAAAUACAUUGGAGAAAAGGAAUAUGAUAUCCCCUUCAAAACUCGUGUAAGCGAGCCAUUCGUUGUUGGACAGACCAUUCAUGCCGUUGGUACUUUGAACGAAAACCCCAAAAGAGUUGACUUCAACUUCCACAAGGGAGCUAACAAAGAUGCUGACAUGCCUCUUCACUUCUCCAUCCGUUUCGACGAAGGAAUUUUCUCCGGAAAGUUCGUCUACAACACCUUCCAGGAUGGAAACUGGUCUGAGAAUGAGCAAAGAAUCUCCAACCCAUUCAAAGCUGGCCAAGAGUUUGAUCUCCGUGUCAGAAUCUACGAGGAGAAAUUCCAAGUAUUCGCCAACCGUAAGGAAAUCGGAACAUUCAAACAACGUCAAGCCUUAUCUGGAAUUGACCACGUAUCUAUCCGUGGAGAUUUAACUAAGCUCCGCUUGUUCCACUAUGGAGGAAGAUUCUUCAAAUCUCCCUACAUGGCUACUGUUAACUUGGUUCCACAGAAACGUCUUGACAUUUCAGCUCUUGCCACAGGAAAGCGUUGUAACAUCAACCUUUACCGUGAGGACAAGAAUUUCGCUCUUCAAGUAUCUGCUCGUUUCAAUGAAGGUGCUAUCGUACGAAACGCUAUGACCAACAAUUCUUGGGGAGAAGAAGAGAGAGAUGGAAAGAUGCCCAUCAACAAGGACGAAAUCUUUGAUUGCACCAUUAUCAAUGAAGAAUUCUCUUUCCAAAUCUUCUUCAACGGUCAACGAUUCGCUACAUUCGCUCAUCGAGGAUCACCAAGUGACGUUAAGUUCCUUGAAAUUGAUGGAGCCUGUGAUGUUCACUCUGUUACAGUCAAUGAUGCUACUGGCGUUUAA